CUCUCUUUUUCCCUUGAAAUCUCCGCUGCAAUUUCAUCUAUAUAUAUUCAAAAUCAAAAUCACUGAAUGAAUGCUCAUUUCCCACCAAUCUCUCCUUAGAUUCAACCCUCCUCGAUUUCUCAGAUCCUUUUCUAGUUUCAAUCUCCUCCCUACAAUGGCUUCAUCGUCUCUACUGCUUCCCUCGGUCUCACUGAAUCAUCAGGUGUCUUUUGAUGCUCUUGAUUCGUUGUCGUCCAAGAGUUCAUCUUCUGUUUGUUUUGGGGGUUUUAAACAUGGGUUUCGUCGUCUUAAUUUGGAGAAAUCUAGGGUUUCUAUGAGCGUAUCGGUUGGAUCUACCACUGCAGUUGCUGAUGCUUUGUUUGCCGACUAUAAACCUACCAAUGCCUUCCUCUUUCCUGGUCAGGGUGCACAAGCUGUUGGAAUGGGACAGGAAGCUCAAAAGGUGCCAGCUGCUGCACAGUUGUACAACAAGGCAAAUGAAAUUUUAGGGUUUGACAUUUUGGAUGUUUGCAUUAACGGCCCAAAAGAAAAGUUGGAUUCCACUGUUUUAAGUCAGCCAGCCAUCUAUGUUACUAGUCUAGCUGCAGUAGAGAUACUACGUGCCCGUGAUGGAGGUCAACAGAUAAUUGAUUCUGUGGACGUUACAUGUGGGCUAAGCUUGGGAGAAUACACAGCUCUUGCAUUUGCUGGAGCAUUUAGCUUCGAGGAUGGUCUCAAGCUGGUUAAACUGAGAGGUGAAGCAAUGCAGGAAGCUGCGGAUGCCGCUAAAGGUGCUAUGGUUAGCAUCAUCGGACUAGAUUCUGAUAAGGUGCAACAACUCUGUGAUGCAGCAAAUGAAGAAGUUGAGGAAGCCGAGAAAGUUCAAAUAGCGAAUUUCUUAUGCACUGGAAACUACGCAGUCUCUGGAGGCGUGAAAGGAAUUGAAGCUGUGGAAGCGAAAGCAAAAUCAUUCAAGGCUCGAAUGACGGUGCGCCUUGCUGUUGGUGGGGCCUUCCACACCAGAUUCAUGAAUCCGGCUGUGUCCAAACUGGAGUCCGCAUUGGCAUCAACCCAAAUCAGAACUCCAAGAAUACCAGUUAUAUCUAAUGUUGAUGCACAACCACAUGCAGACCCCGAAACAAUCAAGAAAAUCUUGGCUUGUCAGGUUACAUCACCCGUUCAAUGGGAGACGACGGUGAAGACUCUUCUAUCAAGGGGACUGGAAAAGAGUUAUGAACUUGGACCUGGAAAGGUUAUUGCUGGGAUUGUGAAGAGAAUGGACAAAACAUCGCCCAUUGAGAACAUUAGCGUGUAAGAAUUUAUUGCCGUUACAAUAAUCACAGCAUUUCAAGUCGUCUUCUUCUAGUAAGAGCAUAAAGGGUUUUUGAGCUUCUAUGAUAGAGAGAGCAAAUCGAUGUAGUUGAGUUUUGUGUACGAUUAUUAUAAGCUGUUGUUAGUUAUUGUAUUUGAAUCGCGGUUUUAUUCUCUUCAAGUUAAGUUCCAUUUCAGCACACGAUCGAUUCGCGAUGCUGCAAUUUAUAAUCUUAUAAACCUGCAAUGCAAAAGCUCAUGUCAUUAAGACAUUUUAUC